AUGCUUCUGGGCUAUGUGCAGCAAAAUGCCAUUAUUAUCUCUUAUUACCUACUUUCAGCAUUCUUUUCGUAUUGGUUCGCACGGAAAAUAUAUCAUUGUUUCAAACCUGGGCUCCGUGAGCUCCCAGGACCAAAGAUUGCUUCAUGGACUCGAUUAUGGAGAGUCUGGGCUGUUUUAUCAGGCAUGUCUACUUCUCAUAUGAAAUUUCGACAACUACAUGAAAAGCAUGGAAAAUUAGUGCGGGUCGGUCCAAACCACAUAUCUGUGGCAGAUCCGGCGGCAAUCCCGAAAAUAUAUGGCUUCAAUAAUAAAUACUUGAAGAGCGAUUUUUAUCAUGCCUUCCAAGCCCCAUAUAAAGGAAGAAUUGUCGACAAUCUCUUUGCGACACAAAGUACAGAAUUUCAUAAGUCUCAGAGAUCUCAAGUUGCACACAGAUUUUCCAUGUCCUCUUUAGCAGGAAUGCAGAGCUCCGUUGAUGGAUGUACGAAAAUUCUUCUUGACAAGCUGCGCGGAUUUGCGGAUAAGCAAGAGGUAGUUGAUAUUGGGCCUUGGCUACAAUGGUAUGCCUUCGAUGUGAUUGGUGCCAUCACUUUCAGUCAACGAUUUGGCUGUUUAGAGUCUGGUAGCGAUGUCGGCGGCUUAAUCUCUGGCAUCGAAGAUACUCUCAAAUAUGUUGGAGUCGUAGGACAGUUGCCGGAGCUCCAUCCCUGGUUGAUUGGGAAUGCUAAGCUUAUAACCACAAUUCAGAAACUGUUUCCCGAUAACCAGAUCAAAAAGUAUGAUUUGGAAGGAAAGUAUUAUCAGAGCAAAAAAGAAGAUUUCCUGGCCUAUUAUAUGGGCGAUUCUGUUACUGGAAAGAUUCGCUUGGAUCACGAUGAUCUUCGUGUGAGUCCAGCUAAUGAGUUUGCAGAUUAUGAUAUUUUCUGGGCUAACAAUACACAAAGCUUUGCUGGUAGUGACACGACUGCCAUCGCUCUCAGGGCAAUAUUUUACUAUCUUCUUAAAAGUCCACGCGUUUACGCGAAGUUAAUGACUGAGAUAGACAGCGGAAUCUCCGCCGGUCAUGUCUCUGAAAUGGCAACAUUAGACAAUUCAAUGAAAAUGCCGUACCUGCAAGCAUGCAUGAAAGAAGGGAUGCGUUUACAUCCUAUCGUUGGUCAAGUUCUUGAGCGCUGCGUUCCGAAAGGAGGAGAUUUCCUUUCCGGACAUUAUCUUCCUGAAGGAACAGUUGUUGGUAUUCACGCUUGGGUAAUACAUCACGAUCCCAGCAUUUUUGGCGAAGAUCACGAAGACUUUAGGCCCGAGAGAUGGAUUGAAAACUCUGCAGAGAAGUUGAAGAACAUGGAAAAAUGCUUCCUAGCUUUCGGCGCCGGCUCCAGAGUUUGUUUAGGCAUACAUCUUUCUAUGAUGGAAAUGGGGAAACUAAUCCCAGCCAUUCUUCACAAUUUCCAGCUAGAAUGGGCGUACCCCGAAAAGGACUGGAAACUGGAAACAGUGUGGUUUACAAAGCAGACUGAUCUUUUUGUCCGCCUCAAAGCUCGGCAGAAAGCAGACGGAACCCCCUGA